AGUCUGCUGUUGGCAGUUGCUGUUUGUUAAUAUAACCUGUUGAAGUUGUUUGUGCAGUGUUUGUGAAUUGUAACUGUUAAUUAUCAACAUGGUUGUCGAAGAAAAAUCCAGUGGUCCCCCACAAAUAUUUGACACAAGUAUUCCUUUUAGUGCCCAAAAAGUCGAUGACGUUUACAUCGAAGAAAUAUGCCUUUCCAAAUUUUCAAUCCGGCGAAUUAUGAUGCUGGAGUUCAGCCAAUAUUUGGAAAAGUAUCUUUGGCCCAACUAUGAUGCAAAGACAGCAAGAAGAGCACAUACUAUGUCAAUUGUUGUUAUGGUCAAUGAAAAAUUUAGGGAGCGUGUUCAAGUGUGGGAAGCUUUUGAGAAGCAACCAGAGCAAUUUGAAGGGUUCUUUCAAAAUGUUUUGGAAGCUACUUUAGAAGAUGAUAUCAUGGAUUUCAAUUUGAGUGAACAAACAGCAUUGAUAGUUUUUUUGAAUCAUUGCUUUAAUUCUAUGGAAAUUGGUCUUGUUAGAGACAGAGUAAAAAGGCUGGUUUCACCAACUAUAUGGAUUUGCCUUCAACAAGGUCGAAGAGAAGCUGAAUUCAAGAAAUAUCCAAAAUGGAAAAAAAAGUUCAAACUUAUAUUAAAAAAGGAUAAGCCAGAGGAAAAAGAUAAAUUAGAUUGGGAGCGUAGAUUUUUACACAAAUUAAUGAUUAAGUUUAUGACUAUUCUAGAAACUAUUCCAGAAAAAGGUGAUUUAAAUGCCGAUAAAGUACAUUAUUGUGAAAGAUUUCUAGAACUAAUGAUUGAUCUUGAGGCCCUAUUACCUACAAGAAGGUAUUUUCACACUGUUUUGGAUGAUUGUCAUUUAGUGGUCAGAUGUCAGCUGUCAAAUUUACUUAAACGUCAAGAAGGUGGUUUAUUUGGACAGCUGCUGGAGAUGCUCAAAUUUUAUGCCCGAUUCGAAAUCAGCGAAAAUACUGGUGAAUCAUUGACGGAUUACGACAUGACACAGCUCCAUUACUCAAAAAUCCAGUCCUUGCAAACGGCUGCAUUCGCCAAAUUUCCCGAUCUCCUGUCGUUCGCCCUGGCAAAUGUCGCGAGCGUCGACACUCGCGAUUCCCUUCUCAAGCAUUUCGGCGCUCUCAGUCAGGAAAAAUUACAAGCGAUCGCCAGUUACCUGAACCUGGUACCAGCGGAGGAGCGCCAGAGCGACGAGAAUUGGUUCAGGUUCGAUCUAGAUUUUCUCAAGGAGUUAUUGAUUUCUCGACACGAGCGCAGAGUUUCCCAAUUGGAAGCUCUCAACGAGAUGCCGCUCUACCCUACCGAGGACAUCAUUUGGAACGAGAGCAUAGUGCCGACCGAGUAUUUCUCUGGCGAAGGCUGUCUGGCCCUGCCAAAGCUCAAUCUGCAAUUUCUCACUCUGCACGAUUAUCUACUGAGGAACUUCAAUCUGUUUCGUCUUGAAUCGACUUAUGAAAUUCGACAAGACAUCGAAGAUUCGGUGAGCCGUCUCAGUCCAUGGAAAGCCGAGGACGGCAGCGCAUACUUUGGUGGUUGGGCGCGCAUGGCACAACCGAUCACUCAAUUCGCUGUGGUCGAGGUGGCCAAGCCGAACAUCGGCGAGAAGCAGCCGUCGCGGGUGCGAGCCGACGUCUCCAUCAAUUUGAGCGUCAGAAAGGAGAUCAAAUCCGAGUGGGAGAACCUCAGAAAGCACGACGUCUGUUUUCUCAUCACUGUCCGACCACCCAAUCCUAUUGGCACGAAAUACAGUCACAAAUUGCCGUUCGUACCUCAAGUCGGCUUAACCACGGUACGCGGAUGCGAAGUCGAAGGAAUGCUCGACUCGAACGGACGCGUCAUCGAGGACGGGCCCGAGCCCAGGCCCCUUUUGCCAGGCGACACGCGCACCUAUCGAGUUUGGCUGGACUCGAAUCAGUACCGCUUGGACAUGGACAGCGCCAGUCACGGCGGCGACGACGUCUACGAGAGCUUCAACAUCAUCAUGCGACGAAAGCCCAAAGAGAAUAAUUUCAAGGCCGUGUUGGAGACCAUCAGAGAGCUCAUGAAUACCGAAUGCGUCGUGCCCGAUUGGCUGCACGACAUCAUUUUGGGAUACGGCGAUCCUAGCGUUGCUCAGUACAGCAGUAUGCCGAAUGAAAUAGAAACGAUGGAUUUCAAUGAUACGUUCCUAGACAUCGAUCAUUUAAAGCAUAGCUUCCCCGACUAUCAGAUCAAGUUAUCUACAGAGGAUCCGGAAAAACUUGUCAGUCCUUUCCGUCUUACCUUCGAAGACGUCAUUUGCAAGAAAAAUAACGAAGAGCUUCGCAAAGUAAUAACGGUCGAGCCUCACGUACCACCCAGUCGUGGCCCUUACAAAGCUAACGAACCAAAAAAAAACCAAAUUCCAUUUACGCCGACGCAAGUCGAAGCUAUACGCGCUGGAAUGCAACCUGGUUUGACUCUCGUCGUCGGUCCACCCGGUACGGGUAAAACUGAUGUUGCCGUACAAAUAAUAUCAAAUCUCUAUCACAAUUUCCCUAACCAGCGCACACUGAUUGUCACGCACUCCAAUCAGGCUCUCAAUCAGCUUUUUGAAAAAAUUAUGGCUCUGGACAUCGACGAGAGGCAUCUAUUGCGUCUUGGUCACGGUGAAGAGGCUUUGGAAACUGAAAAGGAUUUCAGCAGAUACGGUAGGGUGAAUUAUGUACUGGCUAAACGUUUGGAUUUGCUUGUCGAAGUGCAAAGAUUGCAGGAAUCACUUGCAGUCUUAGGAGAUGUCGCUUACACAUGUGAAACUGCUGGUUACUUUUUCACUUAUCAAAUACAGACGAGGUGGGAAAAUUUCAAAAAAGUUGUCAAGCAACGCUCCGAGGGCGACAAAGAGCCACCUGCACAAAUAAUAGAUGAAGAAUUUCCUUUCCACAAAUUUUUCGAUAAUGCGCCGCAACCUCUAUUUAGGGGAAAAAAUUUCGAGGAGGAUUUGGAAAUAGCUGAAAGCUGCUACAGAUACAUCGAACGAAUAUUCACCCAACUCGAAGAGUUUCGUGCAUUUGAACUGCUUCGAUCAGGUCUGGAUCGAUCCAAGUAUUUGCUUGUUAAAGAGGCCAAAGUAAUAGCUAUGACUUGUACUCACGCUGCUUUGAAACGUCGUGAACUCGUCGAUAUGGGCUUCAAGUACGAUAACAUCCUCAUGGAAGAAUCGGCUCAAAUUCUUGAAAUUGAGACUUUCAUACCUUUGCUUCUGCAAAAUCCUGAGGAUGGUUACAAUCGCCUGAAACGCUGGAUAAUGAUUGGUGACCAUCAUCAAUUGCCCCCUGUCAUUAAAAACAUGGCCUUCCAAAAGUACUCAAAUAUGGAGCAAUCACUCUUCACGCGUUUCGUUCGCCUUGGUGUACCAACCGUUGAUCUCGACGGACAGGGUCGUGCCAGGCCGAGCAUAUGUAAUCUCUACAAUUGGAGAUACAAAAAAUUAGGUAAUUUGCGACACGUCGAGGAAGGGCCCGAGUACCAGAUGGCUAACGCGGGCUUUUUGUAUGAUUUCCAAUUGAUCAACGUAGAAGAUUUCAACGGUGUAGGAGAGAGCGAACCCAGUGCCUAUUUUUAUCAAAAUUUGGCCGAAGCUGAGUAUUGCGUCGCAGUGUUCAUGUACAUGAGACUGCUGGGAUAUCCAGCUGAAAAAAUUAGCAUUUUGACGACUUACAAUGGUCAGAAACACUUGAUUCGAGACGUCAUUAACAUAAGGUGUGCCAAUAAUCCCUUGAUAGGACGUCCAGCCAAAGUAACGACAGUCGACAAAUAUCAAGGUCAACAAAACGAUUAUAUCCUGCUAUCACUCGUAAAAACGAGAGCAGUUGGUCACUUGCGCGAUCCAAGACGUCUUAUCGUCGCCAUGUCUCGUGCUCGUCUUGGUCUCUACGUUUUCGCUCGGGUUUCAUUGUUCAAGGACUGCUUCGAACUUGCCUCGGCCUUCAAACAGCUCAUGCGCCGCCCUCUGAAUCUUGCUAUUUUACCUAACGAAACUUAUCCCGCAACCAGGCCCAACGAUCAGAACCCUUCUGAUGAGCCACUAAUCAUACAGGACAUGCCACAUAUGGCCAAAUUUGUGUACGACUUUUAUCUUGACAAAAUGAAUAUUAAGGAUAUUCAACAACAACCGAAUCAAUCGAUAAAUAUGGAAAUUGACAUAAAAGAAAGUAAUCCGGAACAUUUUGUAUCGGCACAUCCUGGGGCUGACGAUAACGACUCGGAUGAAGAUAUGGAGAAACCAGAUAUUGAGCAGAUUGAUACAGAAUUACUACAGCAAGCCGAAGAAGAAGCUAAAAAUGUUGAGCCUAGAAAAGAAACAAUAAUAGCACCGAUUGAAAAUUUAGUUAUAGAAGUAGUCAACGAGCCCAUAGGUGGCGACUCAGAUGACGAAUGAAUUAAUUGUAUUUUUGGAAUAAAUAUCUAAUACGCUCAUUUUUA